CAGCCUUUUCUGCCUGCAGGUAGCAAGGAUCAACAAACUUGUCCCCCGGACACCGAUAACUGACCGACAGCUUUAUGCACACAUGGUAGAUACUCUUAUUGUCCAGAUAGGUAUCACAACGCCAUGUUGUUGCCUGUCUGCCUAUCGUAUCAAAUGCCACACAGCGUAAAAGCUACGCUCUACAGCAACGACCGCACCACCAGCCAAUCGCCUCUCACGCAUUACCCAAGCGCCACAGCACAGCAAAGCACCUAGUUUAAUUGAAUGAGCCCACACAGCCCCCCGCUAAAAUCAAGCCCCCCGAAACAGAGCGGAUACAGAGGCUUCUCCAAAAGAAUUGAUCCCUCAAUCCUGCCUUUUCCUCUUGUCUUUCCUUAUCCGUGCUCUCAUAUUGGCCAUCUUAUUGGACACAAAAGAUGCCUUGACAAGUAGAGUCAUGUAGGAUACUGGUGUUCUAAAGCUGUUGGCUCUCGACUGCUACCACAUAGUUCCCAUCCACCAACACAACGCAACAUGAAGCUAAUAGCAUCCAUGAAAUAGCCGUAAUCCUCAAUAGUAAAUGGUGCCCUCCCCAGAAGCCAAUAAAGCUCCAACGCCUCACCUGCCGAAUGACCGACUGCCCACCCGCCGCGAUGUGCCGCGUCCUAAAAAACCAACCUCCAUAGCGACCCUUACAGGCUAUUCUUUGACCUGGCAUAUAAAGUAGACGACCCCGCUCACCUUUAAAAAAUCCCCAGACUCUCUUCCCACCACUCCUACAUCAACAGCCUCCUGCCUACUCUAUACUGGACCUAUACAAACAGCCUGUGCUCUCCAGCUACACCUCCAAACAAAACACCCAAAAUGCAGCCCGUCAACUUCAACCACUCCUCCUGCCCCAAGUGCUCCGCCGCCAUGGACUCCAGCUCAAAGACCUGCUCCAAAUGCGGUGCCACUUGCCCCGUCUAAGCUACUACUAGAAUCUCCCCCGCGUCGACGCCUUGUUUAGUUACGACAGUUAUAAAUGACGAGAUGAUACUGAGGCUGGAUGGAUGGGCGAGCGUGUAGACGAGUAGCAAUAUGCGGUAGGAUGGGUAGAGUAAAGGAGGUUGAUGGAUGGGUAGAAUAACGAUAUAUCACGACGAUAAAGUGCAUCAAGGCAAGGCGUUGACAGGAGAGAGCAUUUCAUGCGUAUUUUCCAUAGGCAGCUAGGGUAGCUAUCGCCAUAGGAGAAAUCGACAUUGGCACUUACUGUGCUACAAGGAAACAUCAUAUUCUACCCA